AUGGCUAUGAGCCGACACCUCUCCCUCCAGAGACUCUGUGUCCUCCUCCUCGGCACCGUGGUGGGUGGUCAAGAUCUGGAGCUGAGGCUGAAGGAUGGAACCCACCGCUGUGAGGGGAGAGUGGAAGUGAAGCACCAUGGAGAGUGGGGCACAGUGGAUGAUGACUACUGGAGGGUGAACGAUGCAUCUGUAGUGUGCAGACAGCUGGGGUGUGGAGCUGCCAUUGGUUUUCCUGGAAGGGCUUAUUUUGGGCCAGGACUUGGCCCCAUUUGGCUUUUGCAUACUUCAUGUGAAGGGACAGAGUCAACUGUCAGUGACUGUAGGCAUUCUGAUAUUAAAGACUAUCGUAAUAAUAGCUAUUCCCAUGACCGGGAUGCUGGAGUAGUCUGCUCAGGAUUUACACGUCUGGCUGGAGGGGAUGGACCCUGCUCAGGGCAAGUAGAAGUGCAUUCUGGAGAAGCCUGGAUCCCAGUGUCUGAUGGGAACUUCACACUCCCCACUGCCCAGGUCAUCUGUGCAGAGCUGGGGUGUGGCAAGGCUGUGUCUGUCCUGGGACAUGUGCCCUUCAGAGAGUCAGAUGGCCGGGUCUGGGCUGAAGAGUUCAGGUGUGAGGGGGAGGAGCCUGAGCUCCGGGUCUGCCCCAGAGUGCCCUGUCCAGGGGGCACGUGUCAGCACAGUGGAGCUGCUCAGGUUGUCUGUUCAGAAGUCCGGCUCAUGACAAACAGCUCCUCUCAGUGUGAGGGGCAGGUGGAGAUGAACAUUUCUGGACGAUGGAGAGCGCUCUGUGCCUCCCAUUGGAGUCUGGCCAAUGCCAAUGUUGUCUGUCGUCAGCUCGACUGUGGAGUUGCUGUCUCCACCCCCAGAGGACCACACUUUGUGGAAGAAGGGGAUCAGAUAUCCACAGUCCGAUUUCACUGCUCGGGGGAGGAGUCCUUCCUGUGGAGUUGUCCUGUGACUGUCCUGGGUGGGCCUGACUGUUCCCAUGGCAACACAGCCUCUGUGAUCUGCUCAGGAAUCCAGACCCAGGUGCUGCCCCAGUGCAACAACAUCCUGUCUGAACCAGCAGGGUCUGCGGCCUCAAAGGAGAGCGCCCUCUACUGCUCAGACAGCAGACAGCUCCGCCUGGUGGACGGGGGCGGUCCCUGCGCCGGGAGAGUGGAGAUCUUUAACCAGGGCUCCUGGGGCACCAUCUGUGAUGAAGGCUGGGACCUGGACGAGGCCCGCGUGGUGUGCAGGCAGCUGGGCUGUGGAGACGCCCUCAAUGCCACGGGGUCUGCUCACUUCGGGGCGGGAUCAGGGCCCAUCUGGCUCGACGACCUGAACUGCACAGGAAAUGAGUCUCACGUGUGGAGGUGCCCUUCCCGAGGCUGGGGACGGCGCGACUGCAGACACAAGCAGGACGCGGGGGUCAUCUGCUCAGAGUUCCUGGCCCUCAGGAUGGUGAGUGAGGACCAGCAGUGUGCUGGGUGGCUGGAAGUUUUCUACAACGGGACCUGGGGCAGUGUCUGCCGCAACCCCAUGGAGGACAUCACUGUGUCCAUGAUCUGCAGACAGCUUGGCUGUGGGGACAGUGGAACCCUCAACUCUUCUGUUGCUCUUAGAGAAGGUUCUAGACCCCAGUGGGUGGAUGGAAUCCGGUGUCGGAGAACUGACACCUCUCUCUGGCAGUGUCCUUCUGACCCUUGGAAUUACACUUCAUGUUCUCCAGAGGAGGAAGCCUACAUCUCGUGUGCAGACAACAGACAGCUCCGCCUGGUGGACGGAGGUGGUCCCUGCGCCGGGAGAGUGGAGAUCCUUGACCAGGGCUCCUGGGGCACCAUCUGUGAUGACCGUUGGGACGUGGACGACGCCCGCGUGGUGUGCAGGCAGCUAGGCUGUGGAGAAGCCCUGGAUGCCACUGCCUCUUCUUACUUCGGGGCGGGAUCAGGGCCCAUCUGGCUGGAUGAAGUGAACUGCAGAGGAGAGGAGUCCCAAGUGUGGAGCUGCCCUUCCUGGGGAUGGCGGCAACACAACUGCGAUCAUCAAGAAGAUGCAGGAGUCAUCUGCUCAGGAUUUGUGCGUCUGGCUGGAGGGGAUGGACCCUGCUCAGGGCGAGUAGAAGUGCAUUCUGGAGAAGCCUGGAUCCCAUUGUCUGAUGGGAACUUCACACUCCCCAAUGCCCAGGUCAUCUGUGCAGAGCUGGAGUGUGGCAAGGCUGUGUCUGUCCUGGGACAUGAGCUCUUCAGAGAGUCAGAUGACCGGGUCUGGGCUGAAGAGUUCAGGUGUGAAGGGGAGGAGCCUAAGCUCUGGUUCUGCCCCAGAGUGCCCUGUCCAGGGGGCACGUGUCAGCACAGUGGAGCUGCUCAGGUUGUCUGUUCAGUGUACACAGAAGUCCGUCUCAUGAAAAAUGGCACCUCUCAGUGUGAGGGGCGGGUGGAGAUGAAUAUUUCUGGACAAUGGAGAGCUCUCUGUGCCUCCCACUGGAGUCUGGCCAAUGCCAAUGUUGUCUGUCGUCAGCUCAGCUGUGGCGUUGCCAUCUCCACCCCAAAUGGAGCAGAAGGAAGUGAUCAACUCUGGAAAGCCCGAUUUCACUGCUCAGGGACUGAGUCCUUCCUGUGGCAAUGCCCUGUGACUGCCCUGGGUAUUCCUGACUGUUCCCAUGGCAACACGGCCUCUGUGAUCUGCUCAGGAAACCACACCCAGGUGCUGCCCCAGUGCAAUGACUCCGUGUCUGAACAAGCAGGGUCUGCAGCCUCAGAGGAGAGCGCCCCCUACUGCUCAGACAGCAGACAGCUCCGCCUGGUGGACGGGGGCGGUCCCUGCGCCGGGAGAGUGGAGAUCUUUGACCAGGGCUCCUGGGGCACCAUCUGUGAUGAUGGCUGGGACGUGGAAGAUGCCCACGUGGUGUGCAGGCAGCUGGGCUGUGGAGAAGCCCUCAAUGCCACGGGGUCUGCCCACUUCGGGGUGGGAUCAGGGCCCAUCUGGAUGGACGACCUGAACUGCACUGGAAAGGAGUCCCACGUGUGGAGGUGCCCUUCCCGAGGCUGGGGGCGGCACGACUGCAGACACAAGCAGGACGUGGGGGUCAUCUGCUCAGAGUUCCUGGCCCUCAGGAUGGUGAGUGAGGACCAGCAGUGUGCUGGGUGGCUGGAAGUUUUCUACAACGGGACCUGGGGCAGUGUCUGCCGCAACCCCAUGGAGGACAUCACUGUGUCCAUGAUCUGCAGACAGCUUGGCUGUGGGGACAGUGGAACCCUCAACUCUUCUCUUGCUCUUAGAGAAGGUUCUAGACCCCGGUGGGUGGAUGGAAUCCGGUGUUGGAAAACUGACACCUCUCUCUGGCAGUGUCCUUCUGACCCUUGGAAUUACACUUCAUGUUCUCCAGAGGAGGAAGCCUACAUCUCGUGUGCAGACAGCAGACAGCUCCGCCUGGUGGACGGAGGUGGUCCCUGCGCCGGGAGAGUGGAGAUCCUUGACCAGGGCUCCUGGGGCACCAUCUGUGAUGACCGUUGGGACGUGGACGACGCCCGCGUGGUGUGCAGGCAGCUAGGCUGUGGAGAAGCCCUGGAUGUCACUGUCUCUUCUUACUUCGGGGUGGGAUCAGGGCCCAUCUGGCUGGAUGAAGUGAGCUGCAGAGGAGAGGAGUCCCAAGUGUGGAGGUGCCCUUCCUGGGGAUGGCGGCAACACAACUGCGAUCAUCAGGAAGAUGCAGGAGUCAUCUGCUCAGGAUUUGUGCGUCUAGCUGGAGGGGAUGGACCCUGCUCAGGGCGAGUAGAAGUGCGUUCUGGAGAAGCCUGGACCCCAGUGUCUGAUGGGAACUUCACACUCCCCACUGCCCAGGUCAUCUGUGCAGAGCUGGAGUGUGGCAAGGCUGUAUCUGUCCUGGGACAUGAGCUCUUCAGAGAGUCAGAUGACCGGGUCUGGGCUGAAGAGUUCAGGUGUGAAGGGGAGGAGCCUAAGCUCUGGUUCUGCCCCAGAGUGCCCUGUCCAGGGGGCACGUGUCAGCACAGUGGAGCUGCUCAGGUUGUCUGUUCAGCAUACUCAGAAGUCCGGCUCAUGACAAACGGCUCCUCUCAGUGUGAGGGGCAGGUGGAGAUGAACAUUUCUGGACGAUGGAGAGUGCUCUGUGCCUCCCACUGGAGUCUGGCCAAUGCCAAUGUCGUCUGUCGUCAGCUUGGCUGUGGAGUUGCCGUCUCCACUCCCAGAGGACCACACUUGGUGGAAGAAGGUGAUCAGAUCGCAACAGUCCGAUUUCAUUGCUCGGGGGUGGAGUCCUUCCUGUGGAGUUGUCCUGUGACUGUCCUGGGUGGGCCUGACUGUUCCCAUGGCAACACGGCCUCUGUGAUCUGUUCAGGAAACCAGACCCAGGUGCUGCCCCAGUGCAACAACUCCCUGUCUGAACCAGCAGGGUCUGCGGCCUCAGAGGAGAGCGCCCCCUACUGCUCAGACAGCAGACAGCUCCGCCUGGUGGACGGGGGCGGUCCCUGCGCCGGGAGAGUGGAGAUCUUUGACCAAGGCUCCUGGGGCACCAUCUGUGAUGAUGGCUGGGACCUGGACGAUGCCCACGUGGUGUGCAGGCAGCUGGGCUGUGGAGAAGCCCUCAAUGCCACGGGGUCUGCUGACUUCGGGGCGGGAUCAGGGCCCAUCUGGCUGGACGACCUGAACUGCACUGGAAAUGAGUCCCACGUGUGGAAGUGCCCUUCCCGAGGCUGGGGGCGGCACGACUGUAGACACAAGCAGGACGCGGGGGUCAUCUGCUCAGAGUUCCUGGCCCUCAGGAUGGUGAGUGAGGACCAGCAGUGUGCUGGGUGGCUGGAAGUUUUCUACAACGGGACCUGGGGCAGUGUCUGCCGCAACCCCAUGGAUGACAUCACUGUGUCCAUGAUCUGCAGACAGCUUGGCUGUGGGGACAGUGGAACCCUCAGCUCUUCUCUUGCUCUUAGAGAAGGUUCUAGACCCCAGUGGGUGGAUGGAAUCCGGUGUCGGAGAACUGACACCUCUCUCUGGCAGUGUCCUUCUGACCCUUGGAAUUACACUUCAUGUUCUCCAAAGGAGGAAGCCUACAUCUCGUGUGCAGACAGCAGACAGCUCCGCCUGGUGGACGGGGGCGGACCCUGUGCCGGGAGAGUGGAGAUCCUUGACCAGGGCUCCUGGGGCACCAUCUGUGAUGACCGCUGGGACCUUGACGAUGCCCGCGUGGUGUGUAGGCAGCUGAGCUGUGGAGAAGCCCUGAAUGUCACUGUCUCUUCUUACUUCGGGGUGGGAUCAGGGCCCAUCUGGCUGGAUGAAGUGAACUGCAGAGGAGAGGAGUCCCAAGUGUGGAGCUGCCCUUCCUGGGGAUGGCGGCAACACAACUGCAAUCAUCAAGAAGAUGCAGGAGUCAUCUGCUCAGGAUUUGUGCGUCUAGCUGGAGGGGAUGGACCCUGCUCAGGGCGAGUAGAAGUGCGUUCUGGAGAAGCCUGGACCCCAGUGUCUGAUGGGAACUUCACACUCCCCACUGCCCAGGUCAUCUGUGCAGAGCUGGAGUGUGGCAAGGCUGUAUCUGUCCUGGGACAUGAGCUCUUCAGAGAGUCAGAUGACCGGGUCUGGGCUGAAGAGUUCAGGUGUGAAGGGGAGGAGCCUAAGCUCUGGUCCUGCCCCAGAGUGCCCUGUCCUGGGGGCAGGUGUCAGCACAGUGGAGCUGCUCAGGUUGUCUGUUCAGUGUACACAGAAGUCCGGCUCAUGAAAAACGGCACCUCUCAGUGUGAGGGGCGGGUGGAGAUGAAUAUUUCUGGACAAUGGAGAGCUCUCUGUGCCUCCCACUGGAGUCUGGCCAAUGCCAAUGUUGUCUGUCGUCAGCUCGGCUGUGGAGUCGCCAUCUCCACCCCAAACGGAGCAGAAGGAAGUGAUCAACUCUGGAAAGCCCAAUUUCACUGCUCAGGGACUGAGUCAUUCCUGUGGCAAUGCCCUGUGACUGCCCUGGGUGGUCCUGACUGUUCCCAUGGCAACACCGCCUCUGUGAUCUGCUCAGGAAACCACACCCAGGUGCUGCCCCAGUGCAAUGACUCCGUGUCUGAACCAGCAGGGUCUGCAUCCUCAGAGGAGAGCGCCCCCUACUGCUCAGACAGCAGACAGCUCCGCCUGGUGGACGGGGGCGGUCCCUGCGCCGGGAGAGUGGAGAUCCUUGACCAGGGCUCCUGGGGCACCAUCUGUGAUGACGGCUGGGACCUGGACGAUGCCCGCGUGGUGUGCAGGCAUCUGGGCUGUGGAGAAGCCCUCAAUGCCACGGGGUCUGCUCACUUCGGGGCAGGGUCAGGGCCCAUCUGGCUGGACGACCUGAACUGCACAGGAAGUGAGUCUCACGUGUGGAGGUGCCCUUCCCCGGGCUGGGGGCGGCACGACUGCAGACACAAGGAGGACGCGGGGGUCAUCUGCUCAGAGUUCCUGGCCCUCAGGAUGGUGAGCGAGGACCAGCAGUGUGCUGGGUGGCUGGAAGUUUUCUACAACGGGACCUGGGGCAGUGUCUGCCGCAGCCCCAUGGAUGAGGUCACCGUGUCCAUCAUCUGCAGACAGCUUGGCUGUGGGGACAGUGGAAGUCUCUACACUUCUGUUGGUCUCAGGGAAGGUUCUAGACCCCGGUGGGUAGAUGGAAUCCAGUGUCGGAAAACUGACACCUCUCUCUGGCAGUGUCCUUCUGACCCAUGGAAAUACAGUUCAUGCUCUCCAAAGGAGGAAGCCUACAUCUCAUGUGCAGGAAGAAGACCCAAGAGCUGUCCAGCUGCUGCCCCCUGCACAGACAGAGAGAAGCUCCGGCUCAGGGGAGGAGACAGCGAGUGCUCAGGGCGGGUGGAGGUCUGGCACAGCGGCUCCUGGGGCACCGUGUGCGAUGACUCCUGGAGCCUGGCAGAGGCCGAGGUGGUGUGUCAGCAGCUGGGCUGUGGCCCGGCCCUGGAAGCCGUGCGGGCCGCGGGGUUUGGCCCUGGAAACGGGAGCAUCUGGCUGGACGAGGUGCGGUGCGGGGGCCGGGAGUCCUCCCUGUGGGACUGUGCUGCGGAGGCCUGGGGGCAGAGCGACUGCAAGCAUGAGGAGGAUGCUGGUGUGAGGUGCUCUGGUGUAAGGAAAACAGUGCCCCCGACUGCAGCAGGGUCCAGGCCAGUUUCAAGUCCUCUCCCUGGCUUCUUCUCCUUGCCUGGGGUCCUCUGCCUCAUCCUGGGGGCCCUUCUCUUCCUGGUCCUCAUCAUCCUGGUGACUCAGGUGCUCAGAUGGAGAGCAGAGCACAGAGCCUUAUCCAGCUAUGAAGAUGCUCUUGCUGAAGCUGUGUAUGAGGAGCUCGAUUACCUUGUGACUCAGAAGGAGGGUCUUCUGGGCAGCCCAGGCUUCCUGUCAGAUGGUGAGGACAACAAUGACUCCAGAUCCACUCCAGAAGCCCCAGAUCAGAAGACCUAUGCCCUUGGUGAGGAUUAUGAUGAUGCUGAAGAGGUACCAGUACCUGGGGCUCCUCCUGCCUCUCAGGGGAGUGAGGAGGAAGUGCUCCCAAAGAAGGAAGAUGGGAUGACGUCUCAGACAGGCUCUUCUCUAAAUGUCUCUAGAGGAGAAGCUGAUCCUGGGGAAGGAGAAGAGAGCCCCUGGCUGCUCCAGGGGGAGACUGGGGACCCUGGGUACGAUGAUGCUGAACUAAGUGCCCUGGGAACAUCCACAGUGACUUUGACCACGGAAGCAGGAGGUCAAAGGAUCGCGUUGCUCAUAAAAGGAGAUGUAGAAGAUGCAGAAGCUCAUUUGGUGUCUGAGCUUCAGAAAGUGGCAGAUGCAGCCUCCGAUACUGUGAAUCUGAGGCUGAUGAAUGGAGGUCACCACUGUGAGGGGAGAGUGGAAGUGAAACAACAAGGAAAAUGGGGCACGGUGAAUGAUUACAAGUGGAGCUUAGAAGAGGCAGCUGUCGUGUGCAGACAGCUGGGGUGUGGAGAUGCUAUUGAUGCUCCCCAAGGAUCUUAUUUUGGACCAGCAGCUGGCCCCAUUUGGUUUUCUUAUAUUUCCUGCAGAGGGACAGAGUCAGCUCUGAGGCAGUGUAGGUAUCUUAAAGUGAAAGACUAUCGUCCUCAGGGUUAUUCCCAUGACCAUGAUGCUGGAGCAGUCUGCUCAGGAUUUAUGCGUCUGACUGACGGAGAUGGACCCUGCUCAGGGCGAGUAGAAGUUCAUUCUGGAGAAGACUGGACCCCAGUGUCUGAUGGAAACUUUACAUUCCCCACUGCCCAGGUCAUCUGUGCAGAGCUGGGAUGUGGCAAGGUUGUGUCUGUCCUGGGACACGUGCCCUUCAGAGAGUCAGAUGGCCGGGUCUGGGCUGAAGAGUUCAGGUGUAAAGGGGAGGAGCCUGAGCUCUGGUUCUGCCCCAGAGUGCCCUGUCCAGGGGGCACUUGUCAACACAGUGGAGCUGUUCAGGUUGUCUGUUCAGAAGUCCGACUGAUGACAAACAGCUCCUCUCAGUGUGAGGGGCAAGUGGAGAUGAACAUUUCUGGACGAUGGAGAGCACUCUGUGCCUCCCACUGGAGUCUGGCCAAUGCCAAUGUCGUCUGUCGUCAGCUCGGCUGUGGAGUCGCCAUCUCCACUCCCAGAGGACCACACUUUGUGGAAGGAGGUGAUCAGAUCUCAACAGCCCGAUUUCACUGCUCUGGGGUGGAGUCCUUCCUGUGGAGUUGCCCUGUGACUGCCUUGGGUGGUCUUAGCUGUUCCCAUGGCAACACGGCCUCUGUGAUCUGCUCAGGAAACCAGACCCAGGUGCUGCCCCAGUGCAACGACUCCCGCUCGGAAUCAGCAGGCUCUGCAGCCUCAGAGGAGAGCGUCCCCUACUGCUCAGACAGCAGACAGCUCCGCCUGGUGGACGGGGGUGGUCCCUGCGCCGGGAGAGUGGAGAUCCUUGACCAGAGCUCCUGGGGCACCAUCUGUGAUGACGGCUGGGACCUGGACGAUGCCCGCGUGGUGUGCAGGCAGCUGGGCUGUGGAGAAGCCCUCAAUGCCACGGGGUCAGCUCACUUCGGGGCAGGAUCAGGACCCAUCUGGCUGGACGACCUGAACUGCACAGGAAAUGAGUCUCACGUGUGGAGGUGCCCUUCCCGAGGCUGGGGGCAGCACGACUGCAGACACAAGCAGGACGCGGGGGUCAUCUGCUCAGGUCUGCGCUGCACGCUGCCCACAGGAGACAAAUUUCACUCUUAUUACCUAAUGGAUAGCUCUUCAACUGGUUCAGGGAUGAAUGGCCACUAUUUCUGGGAGAGAGGAAAACCCAGAGCACUGAGUGAAGUUCUCACCAGUCCUGAUUCCUCCCUUUUGAUCUUAGAGUUCCUGGCCCUCAGGAUGGUCAGUGAGGACCAGCAGUGUGCUGGGUGGCUGGAAGUUUUCUACAACGGGACCUGGGGCAGUGUCUGCCGAAGCUCCAUGGAAGACAUCACUGUGUCCGUCAUCUGCAGUCAGCUUGGCUGUGGGGACAGUGGAAGUCUCAACUCUUCUGUUGCUCUUAGAGAAGGUUCUAGACCCCAAUGGGUAGCUGGAAUCCGGUGUCGGAACACUGAUACCUCUCUCUGGCAGUGUCCUUCUGACCCUUGGAAUUACAGUUCAUGCUCUCCAAAGGAGGAAGCCUACAUCUCAUGUGCAGGCAGCAGACAGCUCCGCCUGGUGGACGGGGGCGGUCCCUGUGCCGGGAGAGUGGAGAUCCUUGACCAGGGCUCCUGGGGCACCAUCUGUGAUGACGGCUGGGACCUGGACGAUGCUCGCGUGGUGUGCAGGCAACUGGGCUGUGGAGGAGCCCUCGAUGCCUUGCAAUCUGCUCAAUUAGGUCAGGGAUCAGGGCGCAUCUGGCUGGAUGAACUGAACUGCGGAGGAAAGGAGUCCCACGUGUGGAGGUGCCCUUCCCGGGGCUGGGGGCGGCACGACUGUGUGCAUGCAGAGGAUGCUGGGGUUGUCUGCUCAGGAUUUGUGCGUCUGGCUGGAGGAGAAGGACCCUGCUCAGGGCGAGUAGAAGUGCAUUCUGGAGAAGACUGGACCCCAGUGUCUUAUGGAAACUUCACACUUCCCACUGCCCAGGUCAUCUGUGCAGAGCUGGGGUGCGGCAAGGCUGUGUCUGUCCUGGGACACGUGCCCUUCAGAGAGUCAGAUGGCCGGGUCUGGGCUGAAGAGUUCAGGUGUGAGGGGGAGGAGCCUGAGCUCCGGGUCUGCCCCAGAGUGCACUGUCCAGGGGGCACGUGUCACCACAGUGGAGCUGCUCAGGUUGUCUGUUCAGUGUAUGCAGAAGUCCGGCUCAUGACAAACAGCUCCUCUCAGUGUGAGGGGCAGGUGGAGAUGAAUAUUUCUGGACGAUGGAGAGCGCUCUGUGCCUCCCACUGGAGUCUGGCCAAUGCCAAUGUUGUCUGUCGUCAGCUCAGCUGUGGAGUCACCAUCACCACCCCUAGAGGACCACACUUUGUAGAAGGAGGUGAUCAGAUCUCAACAGUCCGAUUUCACUGCUCGGGGGCUGAGUCCUUCUUAGGGACAUGCCCUGUGACUGCCCUGGGUGGUCCUGACUGUUCCCAUGGCAACACAGCCUAUGUGAUCUGCUCAGGAAACCAGAUCCAGGUGCUGCCCCAUUGCAAUGACUCCCUGUCAGAAUCAGCAGGCUCUGCAGCCUCAGAGGAGAGCGCCCCCUACUGCUCAGACAGCAGACAGCUCCGCCUGGUGGACGGGGGAGGUCCCUGCGCCGGGAGAGUGGAGAUCCUUGACCAGGGCUCCUGGGGCACCAUCUGUGAUGACGGCUGGGACCUGGACGAUGCCCGCGUGGUGUGCAGGCAGCUGGGCUGUGGAGACGCCCUCAACGCCACGGGGUCUGCUGACUUCGGGGCAGGAUCAGGGCCCAUCUGGCUGGACGACCUGAACUGCACAGGAAAUGAGUCUCACGUGUGGAGGUGCCCUUCCCGGGGCUGGGGGCGGCACGACUGCAGACACAAGGAGGACGCGGGGGUCAUCUGCUCAGAGUUCCUGGCCCUCAGGAUGGUGAGUGAGGACCAGCAGUGUGCUGGGUGGCUGGAAGUUUUCUACAACGGGACCUGGGGCAGUGUCUGCCGCAACCCCAUGGAGGACAUCACUGUGUCCAUGAUCUGCAGACAGCUUGGCUGUGGGGACAGUGGAACCCUCAACUCUUUUCUUGCUCUUAGAGAAGGUUCUAGACCCCAGUGGGUGGAUGGAAUCCGGUGUCGGAGAACUGACACCUCUCUCUGGCAGUGUCCUUCUGACCCUUGGAAUUACACUUCAUGUUCUCCAGAGGAGGAAGCCUACAUCUCGUGUGCAGACAGCAGACAGCUCCGCCUGGUGGACGGGGGCGGUCCCUGCGCCGGGAGAGUGGAGAUCCUUGACCAGGGCUCGUCUGGCACCAUCUGUGAUGACAGCUGGGACCUGGACGACGCCCGCGUGGUGUGCAGGCAGCUAGGCUGUGGAGAAGCCCUGGAUGCCACUGCCUUUUCUUACUUCGGGGCGGGAUCAGGGCCCAUCUGGCUGGAUGAAGUGAACUGCAGAGGAGAGGAGUCCCAAGUGUGGAGCUGCCCUUCCUGGGGAUGGCGGCAACACAACUGCAAUCAUCAAGAAGAUGCAGGAGUCAUCUGCUCAGGAUUUGUGCGUCUGGCUGGAGGGGAUGGACCCUGCUCAGGGCGAGUAGAAGUGCGUUCUGGAGAAGCCUGGACCCCAGUGUCUGAGGGGAACUUCACACUCCCCACUGCCCAGGUCAUCUGUGCAGAGCUGGAGUGUGGCAAGGCUGUAUCUGUCCUGGGACAUGAGCUCUUCAGAGAGUCAGAUGACCCGGUCUGGGCUGAAGAGUUCAGAUGUGAAGGGGAGGAGCCUAAGCUCUGGUUCUGCCCCAGAGUGCCCUGUCCAGGGGGCACGUGUCAGCACAGUGGAGCUGCUCAGGUUGUCUGUUCAGUGUACACAGAAGUCCGUCUCAUGAAAAAUGGCACCUCUCAGUGUGAGGGGCGGGUGGAGAUGGAUAUUUCUGGACAAUGGAGAGCUCUCUGUGCCUCCCACUGGAGUCUGGCCAAUGCCAAUGUUGUCUGUCGUCAGCUCAGCUGUGGCGUUGCCAUCUCCACCCCAAAUGGAGCAGAAGGAAGUGAUCAACUCUGGAAAGCCCGAUUUCACUGCUCAGGGACUGAGUCCUUCCUGUGGCAAUGCCCUGUGACUGCCCUAGGUGUUCCUGACUGUUCCCAUGGCAACACGGCCUCUGUGAUCUGCUCAGGAAACCACACCCAGGUGCUGCCCCAGUGCAAUGACUCCGUGUCUGAACCAGCAGGGUCUGCAGCCUCAGAGGAGAGCGCCCCCUACUGCUCAGACAGCAGACAGCUCCGCCUGGUGGACGGGGGCGGUCCCUGCGCCGGGAGAGUGGAGAUCCUUGAGCAGGGCUCCUGGGGCACCAUCUGUGAUGACGGCUGGGACAUGGACGAUGCCCAGGUGGUGUGCAGGCAGCUGGGCUGUGGAGACGCGCUCAAUGCCACAGGGUCUGCUCACUUCGGGGCAGGGUCAGGGCCCAUCUGGCUGGAUGACGUGAACUGCACAGGAAAGGAGUCCUACGUGUGGAGGUGCCCUUCCCGAGGCUGGGGGCGGCACUACUGCAGACACAAGGAGGACGCGGGGGUCAUCUGCUCAGAGUUCCUGGCCCUCAGGAUGGUGAGCGAGGACCAGGAGUGUGCUGGGUGGCUGGAAGUUUUCUACAACGGCACCUGGGGCAGUGUCUGCCGCAGCCCCAUGGAUGAUGUCACCGUGUCCAUCAUCUGCAGUCAGCUUGGCUGUGGGGACAGUGGAAGUCUCUACACUUCUGUUGGUCUCAGGGAAGGUUCUAGACCCCGGUGGGUAGAUGGAAUCCAGUGUCGGAAAACUGACACCUCUCUCUGGCAGUGUCCUUCUGAUCCUUGGAAAUACAGUUCAUGCUCUCCAAGGGAGGAAGCCUACAUUUCAUGUGCAGGAAGAAGACCCAAGAGCUGUCCAGCUGCUGCCCCCUGCACAGACAGAGAGAAGCUCCGGCUCAGGGGAGGAGACAGCGAGUGCUCAGGGCGGGUGGAGGUCUGGCACAGCGGCUCCUGGGGCACCGUGUGCGAUGACUCCUGGAGCCUGGCAGAGGCCGAGGUGGUGUGUCAGCAGCUGGGCUGUGGCCCGGCCCUGGAAGCCGUGCGGGCCGUGGCGUUUGGCCCUGGAAACGGGAGCAUCUGGCUGGACGAGGUGCGGUGCGGGGGCCGGGAGUCCUCCCUGUGGGACUGUGCUGCGGAGCCCUGGGGGCAGAGCGACUGCAAGCACGAGGAGGAUGCUGGUGUGAGGUGCUCUGGUGUAAGGAAAACAGUACCCCCGACUGCAGCAGGGUCCAGACCAGUUUCAAGUCCUCUCCCUGGCUUCUUCUCCCUGGCUGGGGUCCUCUGCCUCAUCCUGGGGGCCCUUCUCUUCCUGGUCCUCAUCAUCCUGGUGACUCAGGUGCUCAGAUGGAGAGCAGAGCGCAGAGCCUUAUCCAGCUAUGAAGAUGCUCUUGCUGAAGCUGUGUAUGAGGAGCUCGAUUACCUUGUGACUCAGAAGGAGGGUCUUCUGGGCAGCCCAGGCUUCCUGUCAGAUGGUGAGGACAACAAUGACUCCAGAUCCGCUCCAGAAGCCCCAGAUCAGAAGACCUAUGCCCUUGGUGAGGAUUAUGAUGAUGCUGAAGAGGUACCGGUACCUGGGGCUCCUCCUGCCUCUCAGGGGAGUGAGGAGGAAGUGCUCCCAAAGAAGGAAGAUGGGAUGACAUCUCAGACAGGCUCUUCUCUAAGUGUCUCUAGAGGAGAAGCUGAUCCUGGGGAAGGAGAAGAGAGCCCCUGGCUGCUCCAGGGGGAGACUGGGGACCCUGGGUACGAUGAUGCUGAAAUAAGUGCCCUGGGAACAUCCACAGUGACUUUUCCAUGAUGUUGUAUUAAAUAUAAGAUUAUGCCACAGAUAUUCUAACUGCCUGUAUCUCAAUAGAAUAGUGCUGAUCUGUG